GCAGAGUAUUCCUCCAAGAUAAAGCUAAGAAUGCAUCCAAUGUCUUUUACACAUCAACAAUUCCUCCACUUUAAUCUUCCUCAAGUGGCGCCGCCGGCGCCGGCGCCGGCGCUAUGGAGUGUCUCUUCACGUCCUUGGCUAUCAAUUAGAAAGAGGGAGAUGGAAUGUUUGACGAUUACUGCUGCUGCAGCGGGAGAUUUAAGUGCAGAUGCUACUAGUAGUAGUAGUGCCAAAGGGUCGGGAACCACCGCCAGAGGGCGGAGGCUGUUGAAGGUCAGGGAGGAGAAGAGGAAACGUGAAUAUGAACGUCUCCACAACUACCCUGCUUGGGCCAAAGUGCUAGAAGAUGCUUGUAAGCAUGACACAGAGCUUCGUGCUGUGCUUGGUGAUAGUAUUGGCAAUCCAGAGCUUAUGAGGAAAAGGGUCGAAGAAAGAGUUCGAACCAAGGGCCAAAAUUUUUACAAGUCUAAAACAGGAUCUGUGCUUACAUUCAAAGUCAGCUUUAGAGAUUUUAAUCCUCUUGAUUCGUACAUAUGGUUCGAAUUAUACGGCUCACCAUCUGAUCGAGACGUUAACCUUCUCGGUAGUGUUAUCCAGGCAUGGUAUGUCAUCGGCCGAUUAGGCGCAUUUAACUCAUCUAAUUUGCAGCUGGGGGGUUCAUCGUUGGAGUUUGAUCCUCUUUAUGAUGCAGACAAAGGCUCCAAGGUGAUGCCUUCAUCGUUCCAUGACAUAAGUAAUGUUGAAUUCCAGGACAAUUGGGGCAGAGUUUGGGUGGAUCUUGGUACAGCUGAUUUCUUCUCAAUUGACGUACUUCUCAAUUGCUUGACUGUAUUGAGCUCAGAAUAUUUAGGCAUUCAACAAGUGGUUUUUGGUGGUCGUCGGAUGGGUGAUUGGGAAGAGGGAAUGACCAAUUCUGGUGACGGAUACAAAUAUUUUGAAAUUUGACGGAGGAAAUGCAACAAAAUCAAGAAUCAGCUGGGAGGAAAUGGAUAGUAGAUUUAUCAAGCAAAUGAAAUAUUUAGCUCUUCAAUUUGAAGAGAGAUGUAGUUUUGUAGUAUUAUCCUUAUGAUACGAUAGUAUUUGGGAUAGGACUCCGUUACUGUAUUAAUGAUAGUAGUGAAGUUAAAUGAUUAGAAAAAGUGAUUAAUGUGCAGAGCUAAUGAUAGUAUAUCUAUAAUAGCUUUUUCAUACUCAA